CACAAUGAAUCAAGUACUCGGAAAGAGGGGAUACCAAGUGAAAAGCGUCGAAAAACCAAAGUUCGUCCUGCUGGUCAAUGUUUCGCAAAAAUUAAGGUAUUACACUUGGUAACAGAUCAAGUAGUACAGGUUGAACGGUAUUUAAACUCGCCUGAUCAUGCACAUACCUUGGAGGAUAGUGAAAAGCUUAAACGUUCAAAAGCCGUUCGAGUUCUAGUUGAGCGGGAAGCUGUGAAGAACUAUCCGUCCCCUGCGAUAACUAGUGCUAUUAAAGAAUAUGCCACAGUGAAUUUAGGACUCAGUGAAAGCAUAAAGGAGUUAAGAUGUAAGGAGGUUGCCAAUAUAAAAUACAAAGUUCGAGGGUCUCAGAAUGCCCCCCUUAUCGGUAAUAUGCAAUUGGCGUUGGAUAUUCGGGAAAAUCAAUUGGAGAAACUUCAGCGUUUUGGAUGGCUGACUCUUCUUGAUUCCACGCAUAAAACGAACAGGCAUGAUUGGUGUCUGUUUUCAUUAUACAUCCGCGAUAGUCAUGGUUGCUGGAACGUUGGUGCGCACUUUUUUGUAAGCAAGGAAGAUAGUAGUACUGUUGCAGAAGCAUUAAAAAUCAUUAAAAAGUUAGGUGAUAUAGAGGGCAAUGCGAUUACGUUAGCUUUCCUGGGCCUUCAAGCGGGUGAGCAGGAGUGUAGUACAAUCUUUUGUACCAUCCACGUUAUGCGAACCUGGAUGAGUAAGGUAUAUGAUGUAAAGACCAGAAACGAAAUGAUUAAGGCAAUGCACAAACAGACAAAAAUCGGGUAUAAGGAGGUUGUUCAACAGGCUGCUGACAAAUGUCCUGUUCCUACAAUCCAAAAAUAUAUAGUUCGAAAUUACAAAAAAAAUACCCACCAAUGGGCUCUUUGGGCCCGCCAACAUUCCCCUCUCCUUAUGCAAGUAACAUCCACCAACCCUAUAGAAUCGUAUCAUAGUGAGCUAAAACGUAUGACCUCUCCUUACCAUGGUUUAAUUGGCGCCUGUCAUAAUAUUGUAGCAGUAGAUGCAAAAAAAUGGUCAGAUGCUGAAUAUGUAGCCUUUGAAUUCCAUACAAAAAAAAUAUCAGCAUUUGGCGUUGAUCAAGAAAUUCUUAACGAGGUUCAUAAAUUUCCCUAUCCCAUUCAAAAAAAGGUCAUCGAUGAAAUUUUUGCUGUAGCAAAAAGAUUGGAAAAAGGUAAAGGGCCUCCAGGUUUAAUAGCAUUAGAUUGUCAGGGCUUGUUCUUCCGUCGUUACUUGCUGCCCUGCCGGCAUAUCUUUCACGACCAUAUUUAUGGUACCAAUAAAUUAACCAUUGAUUCUUGGAGAAAAUUUCAGCGAAUUUUUGAGGAUAAUAGAUUCGAAGUAUAUGAGGGUCGAGAAUUGGUUGAAGUUGAAGUACCAGAAAAAUCAGAGGCUGAAAAAGCCACAGAAAAUAGACGUAUGGCUGUAAAUGAAUUGAUGGAACAAGUGCGUGAUAUGUAUUGGUGGGUUGAGGAAAAAGGAGAUGUAGAACAAGCAAAUUCUUUUAUGAGAGAAUUGAACUUGUGUGUGGGAUCUGUUUUGAUGAAUAAUCGGAAGUGA